AUGGUUGAUGAAUCCACCUGUGAAGAAAUAAAAAACUUUAUUCUUUGCUAUCAAACAGUUUCUAAUUCAGUUGCUCAAUCAAUUCAAAAAGAUGGACUUGAUACUACUAAAUGUAUCUUAUGGGUUACUGAUAAUACAGCAUAUAUGGCAAGUAAUAAAAAGGAAACUAUUGAAAUAUUAUCAAAUGAUGAAUUUAGAGAAUUAUUCAAUAGUUUAGAAAAUGGAAUUAAUAAAGCUUAUGAAUAUUUUGAAAAGUGGUUAGAUCCAUGGCUUCAUUUACUUUUAGUUAUUUGUCAUCUAGAUGGAAUUCAUUUGCCAAUAGUUUUCGUUUUACAAUUUUAA